AGGAACAUAACAAGAGCGUACACCAUAGAAAAUCAUCUAUCGUAAUAACCUGGCCCAGUAUUUCCAAUGUGCAGAAAUCAACAUCAGUCAACAUUAACUGACAUUAAUUGGAAAGGAGGCACAUUUUUCGAAAAGUAAAAUUUUUACUCGCAACUUUAUGUCCUAACAAUGAGUAUAAUCAAGGACUGAUAUCUUCCAAUGUCUAAUCAUCAUGAGCGUUAAAUUUGGAGAUCUGGAAACAGACGAACGAUUCAAGAAACUGCAACGAGCACUGAAAGUAGCUGUACUGCAAAAGGAUAGCAAGAGCAUGCAUGAUAAAAAAUCAUUGACCGGAAUAACCUGGCCGAGUAUUUCUAGUAUUAAUGUAGAUACUUUAGAUUCCAGCAUUGCAACACCGUUGCAACAAACUUUUUCAAUCAACAGUGAAGUCUUAUCUUCCAGCAAUAAUUUGAGAAAUAUACUUUUAAAGAAGAGCCACAAUUUUAAGCAAGAAGCGAUGACUACAUCCAGUCUCAAACAGUAUGAUGUCAAGAAAGAUAAUCAUGCCGAUCAACUUGCUAUGCCACCCCCAAUGAGAAACACAGUUUAUCAUACUGCUCGGAAAUCACAAAAUAGAGUCCAUGCAUCGUCGAAUUGUGAAAAAGUGCCUUCAUUUGAUUCAUCUAUAUGUUCUUCAACAGUAAAUACAUGGUCUUUGAAGAACGCUCCUACCUGGAUAUUAACUAAUACAGAUGCUGACAGAUCUACUGUACCAGAGUACCAGAAAACUUUUGUCUCACCGAGUUCUGUCCAUAAUUCUCAGAAUAUUGAUCGAGUAUUUUCGAAAUGGAAAGUUACAUUAAACAGCCAAUACGAAUUAAUAAUUAAAGGAACUUUAGAUUGUGGUAAGGUUGUACGUAGUAAACCGGUUAUAAGAAGACACUCUACAAAAUGUAUUGAAUCCAAAUACAAGCAUAUAUAUAUUCUAACGGGGAAUAUUGUUGAUGAAAGAAAUGGAUUACCGGAUUAUAUUCACGGAAAAUUUUAUAAUGGUUUUCCUGAUGAUUGGGAAAACGUUCAUCAAAUAUGGAGGACAUAUGCUAAGCAAGGAUGUCCAGUAACGUUUCGUUGGCCCACCCCUAUUACUGACAGUGAUGACGAUUUAAAAAGCGAAUUGACAGAUAUGACUUAUGCACAUGUAAAAAAUAAGAAAACUAUUUCUGCAAUAAAAUCUUGUGAUUUAAACAAGUCUAAUAAGACUGAAAAUAUAAACAAUAUAUCUAAAGAGAAGGAAAUAUGUAAUUAUUCUACUCAUAGUAUUCCAAGUGAAAAAAAUAUUUCGUUUAUAAAACCUUUUAUUUCCAACUCUGAAAAAGAUAUCUCUGUUGUACAAACAAAGAAUAUAAAGUCUUUAUGUGAUGAAGCUAGUAAGCAAAAUUUCAAAUCUGAUAUAAAUUCAUCAGGCAGUUGUAGGAAAGUAAAUAAAUUGAAGGAUAUUCUUCAGGAAGAUAAACUGAACAUCAUUAUUAACAAUUUGGCAGAUAAGAAUUGCCCUCCGAAAUACAUCAACAAAAUUAUUGAGAUGUUGGAUUGUUUGGAUUAUGCAAUGUCUUACAGAACGGAAUCAGAAUGCAAUAACGAUUCGAUGAUCUCCACAAAUCAUGAAACAUAUCAAUCACAAACAAUGUCAUUGCAAAAGAGUUUAGUGUGUGAUGACAACUCUGUGAACACUAAUAAGCUUCAAAACAAAUCGACGGAAUUGAAAAGCUACACAAUUGGACACUCCAUUGAUCCGGGAUACGGAAGUAUAAAAAGUGAUUCUAAUACUAUCCAGCUAUCGAAUUCAGCAAAUCUUAAACCGGGACACAACAACGAUUCAGAUAAAUUGGAGAGCGAGAUUUAUGCGGGUAUACGCAAAAUAUCGAUCAAACAAGUUUUAAAAGCUACAGAAUCACUUGGAAGGAUAUGUAAACGUAAAGUGAGAAAGAAAACGACUUAUCCGGAUACUCACAAAUAUGGGACGACAAAUCUGGCAUACAAUACAAAAGAAACUAAGUCCAGUUAUAUGGCAAUGAAUGAAGAGAAAAAAUUACUUCCAGAUGAAUCUUGCGUCAGUAUAACAGAAGAUGAAAUGGGAACAGUGCACAACAUGAAAAAGUAUCGCCAAACAAUACCUAUUAGUCCAAGAUCACAAAAAAUGACUUAUUCCAGUCACCGAGAAAUGAAGACAAAUUAUUUUGAAGUGAAUGAGGAAGGCAAAUCUGUAAGGCAUGUGCAAAAUAAACAUCCAAUUAAUGCUUUUGACGCACAAAGAGUCAAUUCGGAUGUUUUUAUAAAAGAACAAGAGAUUCCUAGAGUUCAAAACAAUGCACAUUCACAGUUUGUUUCAGAUGUUGAUUAUAUCAAUUCUGACAUAGACAUUGUAACCGUAAGUUCACGGACUGCAGGUGGAAACGUAAUAGCAUCGCAGGCUAAGAUGGACCCAGACAUUGUGGCAAUCAGCAAAAAUAAUGAGUUUUCCGAAAAGCCCCAUGUCUUUUCGAAAUUACAUACAGAAUUUAUUGAACAAACGAAAAACGACAUUGUGAUGAAAAAAUCCAAACCUACCAUAGUCAGUUCGGUGCCGGUAAAUUUGAAGUUGAGAAUAAGUAGAAAAAACUUGAAUGCAACUGCCGAGCAACUGCCUUCCAAAAUAAUUAACAAUGAUAAACAGAAUACAAAUAUUCGGCCGUUGGAAAACAUUGAUAAAACGUUCACGUCAAUCGCUUUAAAACCUGUGGUUAAUGAUUCUCAUACAAAGACAAUUGACAAUAAAAGAGAAGUUUAUCCGGUAACAAAUAAUAAAUCGCAUAAUAUAAAUUCUACUAAUCCAACGAUGAAUCCAACAACUGAUCAACCUAAAAGCAGCAAAGAGCAGCAUGGAGUUGAAAAAAAACCUAAAAUGUUGACUGCAUGGAUACCAAAAGUAGUAUAUAAUGCGAAAUCAAAAUCUGAAUUAGGUUUAACUUUUCAAGGAAAAUUAGUCAAUGAAGCUGGCCACAUUGUGCACAGAAAUUAUACAACAGACAUUGUGCUGAAGCGAUUAUCAGCGACACUAAUCGAAACAGUGCAUCAUGAAUUCUAUAAACUUCUUGGAAAUUUAAACGACAAUAAGCAUAUUAUUCCCAAGGAACUUGUAAAACAAUGUCGUUAUGGGUGUCCUUUGAAGCUCGAGCAAUUUUGUCUGACUUGGGAAAUGUUGCAGCAAGAUAAUAUUCAAGAAAUUGGACAGAAACUUCAUGAUGCAACAGUGGACUCGCUGAAUGCACCUGUUAGUUCGAGGGGUCGUCGUAUUUUACCUCCGUUAUGUUACUGGACAGGUGAGCGUGUAACGUUGAAAGAUAACAAUCCAGUCUAUAGUCCGGGCAAUUUACAGGAAUCAUCGUUACAUUCACAGACUGAUAACUCAAGAGAAAUUCAAAGCAAUACUGUGGAUACUAAUAAAGAAACAAAUAAACAAAAUGGGAUUUCUAGAAAUACAUCACAGAAGCAAAAUGUAAAUAAACAAAUGUCUGAAUCAAAUACUUUAGAUAUAAGUAAAAAUCAAUCUCGAGGUUCUAAAAGAUCACGUAUGGUCAAUGCUGCGAAUAAUGCAAAGAGAUCCGAUAACUCGAGGAAAUCUGUCCAUGGCAAACGACGGAGGUUGACGAGCUCUACCGAUUCCAGCGAAGAGAAGCAAAAAUCAAAAUUUAAGCGAAAGUAUAUGCGCAAUUGUAAGAUAAACAAAAAUGUAAAUUCAGAAACACAAUAUACCAUGGCAUUAAGGAAGCGGCAAAAUGUGAUAUAUAAUUAUUAUAAAGGUAUUUUGCAAUCAGAAGACGCCCUAUCAGAGGACGAAGAAUCGUUUGUAUAAUCUCGGACGGUAAUUUCGUAUAAAUGUUAUUUUAUAUAUUGAUAACAAA